AUGGCGGAUACUAUAGUUACCUCCGUCAAAUCUUCUACGCCCUCGUCGAACCCUAUUCGGAUAAUCUGCCACGUAUGCCAGAAGCAGUUUUCUCAAUACACGUGUCCACGAUGCAAUUCGCGAUAUUGCUCCCUCCAAUGUUACAAAUCUCACAGUCUCCGUUGCACGGAAUCCUUUAUGAAAGAAAAUGUAGUUCAAGAGCUUCAGCAAAUGCAGCCUGAUGAACAAACCAAAAAUAAGAUGUUGGACAUACUGAAAAGAUUUAAUGCAGAAGAGGAAAUGGAUGAGGAUUCUUUUGCAGAUUCAACUUUGUCCGAGGAGACAAUGGAAAAACUUUUGUCUGGACAAGAAAUCAGCUUUGAUGAUUUAUCUCUUGAAGAAAAAAAACAGUUUCAUAGAGCCAUUGCUUAUGGGGAAUUGACCAAGAUGAUCAAACCAUGGGAUCCAUGGUGGUCAAAGCCUUCUGCAAGAAAAAUCCGUCUCAGUAAGGAAGGAACUCAGCUUGUACAACCUCUUCCAAAGCAGGAAUUGCUAGAUGAAAUUGGAAGUGAAGAAUUCAGUGAAGUUCCUCUGGGACCUGAAACUCCGCUUCCUCCUCUAAGCAGGCUUAGUUCCAGGGAGCCAUCACCCCUUUUAACAGUUCAUGUAGUUGAUGUUCUAUAUAGCUACUGUUUCACCCUUCGUCUAUACAAUGGAGAUUGGAGGUCGGAUGCCCUAGGGUCAGUCACAGUUGUAUUAAGUGUGUCCUCGGUGUUGGGUCAAGGUGCACAGCCAGAGACGGUACUAGAAGCCCUUUCUCAUUGCUUGGAGCAGGUAUGCUGUCCAGCUUACAGACACAUGGGAGGAUUGCAAUUUGGUUUGGGUGUCAUAGAGGAUGUGAUCAGUCUGCUUAAUUUGGGAACUCCUGCUCUGGUGUGUGCCCUUUGUGAUAUGCAUCGGUUGAUGCAAGAAGGGGAAAAAGAGGCUAAAUCAGAAAGGCCAAGAAAGUCACGUAGGGAUGGGAUUAGAAGUGCUAUCAAGCUAGCAGAAAGGAAGAUAUAUUUCAUCAUGUGUUGGGUUCAUGAGCAGCCAGAGGAAGCCUGGUCUUCCAUAGCAGCCAUUGUAAGAGCAGAAAAGCCUUCAGCCAUGGAAUUUCAAUGGAGCAAUAAAACUGAAAAAUUGAACAAUAAGGCAGAGGCCAAAAGCAAAAGUUUAAUCCAGGAGAUUUAA